AGUCCAAAAAAGAUAAAUUGAGGAAAGAUUUCCCAAAUGAAUUUUUUACCAAAUCUUACAAUGUGAUCUUUCGUCCUCUUCGAAUUCCAUUUCGCUUAAUGUGCCUGGCCCUGCAACUGCUCGAGAAUAGAACGCGUCGAUAUAUUUUUCCUCUGCCCAAUACCGAAAAGGUGGAUUGGGAAGAGACAGUGCCUGAGAAAGUGCCAAUAUUUUCUUUAUUUAAUGAAUCGAUUGCAACAAAUGCCGAACAGUUGCAAGCCGUUCAGCAGAUCUUCGCUGGUCCCAAUCCACAGGCGCCCUAUAUUGUGUUUGGACCCCCAGGAACCGGCAAAACCACAACAAUUGUCGAGGCCAUUCUUCAAGUAUGCCUUCAGGAGUACACUCGUAUUCUUAUUACGGCGGGCUCGAAUUCAGCCUGUGACACAAUUGCUUUGAAGAUAUGUGAAGUUAUUGCCAGCAGUGAAAGAUUGCAGGAGCUAGUUAAAUAUUCAAACGAGAAGAAAACGCUACCGACGUGGCGGCUUAUUCGUUUCUAUUCGCUUUUAUACGACAGGAAGAAAAUAGAUCCGAACCUAAAGAAAUAUUUCAAAUGUAUCGCUGCAGAACGGAACGAUUUUAAGUCGUUGUAUAAUUAUAAAAUCAUUGUGGCCACAUUGUGCGGCGUUGCCCGCAUGAGAUAUUACGCUAAUUUCUGUCCAUUUACGCACAUUUUCAUUGACGAGGCGGCCGCAUCAUCGGAGGCGGAAGCGCUGAUGGGCAUUGCGGGCGUUAAGGACAAAGAUUGCCAUGUUAUACUCUCCGGGGAUCACAAGCAAUUGGGCGCGGUCAUUAAGUGCGAUCGAGCUAAAUCGCUUGGGUUGGGCCAAUCGCUUAUGGAGCGCCUGCUACUUAACAAGCUGUACGAAGUGGACACCAGUGGAAACUAUGACCGAACUCUGCAGUCACGGUUGCGACAGAACUACAGAUCCCAUCCGGAGAUCGUGGGGAUCUUUAAUAAGCUCUAUUACAAUUGUGAGCUAAUUCCAAUGGCCCCGCCGUCGCAGGUUAACCAAGCCGCCAAGUGGAGCGUGCUGCCCAAUAGGAAGUUCCCUAUCUUGUUCCAGGUCACGCAUGGGAUAACUGAGCGCGAGGCCCAGUCCAACAGCAGCUUAAACAAGCUGGAGGCACAGGUGCUCUGCUGGUAUGUGAAGAGUCUGCUCGAAGACGGACUUGGUGGCGAUAUUAAAGUGCAGCAGGAGGAGAUUGGUGUCGUAACUCCAUAUUUGGGCCAAUGCAGGCUUUUAAAACUUAUGCUCCGCCAAAGAGGACACCAUAAAGUGGAGGUGGGCAGCGUGGAAAGCUACCAAGGUCGCGAGAAGCUCAUUAUUAUUGUAUCGUUAGUUAGUUCUUUUAAGCAUCCAUACUUUUUAUCGAAUCCUCGACGUAUUAACGUGUUUCUCUCCCGUGCCAAAUCUCUGAUGAUACUAAUAGGAAAUCCAAUCAGCCUGGGCCAAAAUAAGGAUUUUGAAUUUAUCAUUGGCCAAUGCAAGUUACAAGGAAACUUUUUGACCAAGAAGAAGACAGCGAAGAGUAAGAGCAAGAAGACAGCGAAGAGUAAGAGCAAGAAGACAGUGAAGAGCCAAUCGAAUGAGCUUUGCAAAACUAACCUGCCAACUGUCCAGUUACAAGAAGAAGAGAUCGAUGAUCAACAAGAUAAUCAAGAUGAAGCUGGCGAAGUUGUUCUUCUAGAUCUGCAGAAUCAGUUGAAUGAACUAAAUAUUUGUGAAGCGUCAACAGGUUAA